AUGGAAACUCUCCAAGUUGGGGACGAUGCUUUCUCCUCCGGACAGGAACAUGGAGCAAAUAGCCAAUCCAACACCGAUAUGCCUCCGAUCACCGGCGGCAGAGACUUCCUCCGGCAGUUUGCGGCUGAGUCAAAGAAGCUGUGGUGGCUUGCGGGUCCUGCCAUAUUCACAUCCUUUUGUCAGUACUCUCUUGGCGCCAUCACGCAGGUCCUCGCCGGACACGUCAGCACACUUGCUCUAGCUGCCGUCUCCAUACAGAACUCCGUCAUCGCCGGCUUCUCUGUCGGCGUUAUGCUUGGGAUGGGAAGUGCACUAGCGACGCUAUGUGGGCAAGCAUACGGAGCGGGUCAACUAGAGAUGAUGGGAAUAUAUCUUCAAAGUCUCCUCGGACAGUCGCCGGAGAUCUCUAAAGCCGCCGGAAAACUCUCCCUCUGGAUGAUCCCUCAGCUCUUUGCUUAUGCUGUCAACUUCGCCACCGCCAAGUUCUUGCAGGCACAAAGCAAGGUGAUUGCAAUGGCGGUUAUAGCAGCGACCGUCCUGUUUCAGCAUGCUAUAUUGAGUUGGUUGCUGAUGCUGAAACUUGGUUGGGGAAUGGCUGGUGGAGCCACGGUACUCAAUGUGUCGUGGUGGUUGAUAGAUGGAGCUCAAAUAAUUUACAUAUGUGGAGGUUCUUGUGGCAAAGCUUGGUCAGGGCUCUCAUGGAAGGCUUUCAAGAAUCUCAGAGGCUUUGCAAGAUUGUCCCUUGCCUCUGCAGUCAUGGUUUGCCUAGAGGUUUGGUAUUUCAUGGCGUUGAUUCUGUUUGCGGGUUACCUAAAGAAUCCUCAAGUCUCUGUGGCUGCUCUUUCGAUUUGUAUGAACAUAUUGGGAUGGCCUAUCAUGGUGGCCUUUGGCUUCAAUGCCGAUGUGAGUGUAAGAGUAUCGAAUGAGCUUGGAGCUGAACACCCAAGAAGGGCAAAAUUCUUAUUAAUAGUGGCUAUGAUAACUUCUCUAUCGAUUGGAGUUGGGAUCUCGAUGGUUCUCAUCUUGUUACGAAACAAGUAUCCAGCGAUGUUCUCUGAUGAUGAAGAAGUGAGAGGACUUGUGAAGCAGCUGACUCCGUUGCUGGCUCUCACAAUCGUCAUCAACAACAUUCAGCCUGUUCUUUCUGGUGUAGCUGUUGGAGCUGGGUGGCAAGGGAUUGUUGCGUAUGUGAACGUUGGCUGUUACUAUUUAUGUGGUAUACCUAUUGGUCUUGUGCUAGGAUACAAGAUGGAACUUGGAGUAAAGAGGGUAUGGACAGGAAUGUUAACGGGAACGGUUGUUCAGACAUGUGUACUGCUCUUGAUGAUCUAUAAGACCAACUGGGGCAAAGAGGCUUCAUUGGCAGAGGCUAGAAUAAGGAAAUGGGGAGGCAAAACAGGUCAUGAAGGAGAGAUUGAAGAGAUAAAAAGAUGA